AUGAUAGCAAUCUUCCAAUAUCAAGGGGACAGUCACACGCAAAAGCAUGAGUAUUAUCAGCCCGGAGACUUCAUCAUUGGUGCAAUCUUUUCUCAGCUCUUCAUGCCUGCCUUCAAUCCAUUAUCCUUCACUGAGAAUCCCUUGACAAUGAUUGAAGACAUGUAUACCACAGUGCCCAAGAAUUACCAGCAUGUCCUAUCAAUGGUAUUUGCUGUGAAUGAGAUCAAUGAGAACCUGGAACUUUUACCCAACAUCACCUUGGGGUUCCAGAUCUAUGAAAGUUACUUCAGUGCCCGCAUGGCUAAUCAAAAUACGCUGAAUCUUCUAUCUUGCCAUAAGAAGACUGUCCCCAAUUACAAGUGUGAUGUUGAAAAGAAUCUGAUUGCAGCCAUUGGGGGCCUUGAUUCUGAAAUCACUCUACACAUGGCUUCCAUCCUAACUCUCUACAAAAUUUCCCAGGUCACCUAUAGCUUCUUUUCACCAGCAGUAAGAGAAAAAAAUCAAUUUGCUUUCUUAUACCAGAUGACUCCUAGUGAAACUUAUCAGUUGAAUGGACUUGUCCAGCUUCUCUUAUAUUUUCAAUGGAAAUGGGUUGGGAUCAUUGCCUUAGGAGAUGAGAAAGGAGAAAUAUUUGUGCAGACCUUAACACAUCUGCUUUUCGAGAGAGAGAUCUGUAUAGCCUUCACAGAGAGAACACCUAGUCAUGAGUAUUUUUUUCAGAUUGAUAAACUGAUCGGUCAAUUACAGAAUAUAAUUGUAUCUCUCCAUAACUCAAAUGCCAGUGUAGUUGUCGCAAAGGCAGAUACGCAUGCCAUGUUGGAUAUUCAUUGGUUGGAGUUUGUGGUUAACACUUCCGAAUUGCAGCCUGUUGACAAAGUGUGGGUUGUGACUGCUCCUUGGGAUUUCUCAUCUGAAACAUUUCACAGAGAGAUAAAAAUACAGAUCUUCCACGGAGCCUUAUCAUUUGCAAUUCCUUCCAAGGAGGUGAGAGCUUUCCAAAAUUUCCUUCAUAAACUGAAUCCACGUUCUGAAGUCGACAGCUUCGUCAAGCUUUUCUGGGAACAGGCGUUUGACUGUGUAUUUGAAGAUGCAGUUGGAGAGGAGAAUCAAUUGACAUCCUGCACUGGAGAUGAGCAGCUGGAGAACAUCCCUGGGCCUCUUUUUGAAAUGCAGAUGACAGGUCAAAGCUACAGCAUCUACAAUGCAAUCUAUGCUGUGGCUCAUGCUUUUCAUGCUAUGUAUUCAUCCAGAACUAAAUACAGAUUGGUGAUCAAUGAACACUAUGUUGAGUCUUCAAAGCUGCAACAUUUUCAGAUCCACCCUUUUCUGAAGAAGAUCUCAUUUAACAACAGUGCAGGAGACACCUUGUUUUUUAAUGAGAAUGGUGAAUUAGUAGACGGAUUUGAUAUUGUCAACUGGAUAACUUUUCCAAAUCAAUCUUUCUUAAAAGUGAAAGUCGGGAAAAUGGAUCCUCAAGCUCCAUGGGACAAACAGUUGUCUAUCAAUGAGAAGAUCAUUACCUGGCAUUAUACAUUUGGAGAGGAUGGAGUUCUUCUUUCCCAUGGACAGGUUGUGCCCUUGUCCCUGUGCAACCGCCGCUGCCUUCCGGGCUAUAGCAGACAAAGCAAAGAAGGGGAACAAUUUUGUUGCUAUGGUUGUGCUGAAUGUCCAUCGGGAAAGAUUUCCAACCAGACAGAUAUGAAUGACUGCUUCAGAUGCCCUGAAGAUCAAUAUCCUAACAAAGAAAAAAUCCAAUGCCUUUCCAAGGAACUAAAUUACCUAAGUUAUGUUGAUCCUUUAGGCACGGGUUUGUCUGUUAUGGCUCUUGCUCUUUCUUCAACCACAGUCUUGGUGCUUGGAAUCUUUAUUAAGCACCGGAAGACUCCAAUUGUCAAAGCAAACAACCAAACUCUCACUUACGUUCUCCUUAUUUCACUCCUUCUCUGCUUUCUCUGUUCUCUGUUAUUCAUCGGCUGCCCUCAGUCACUGACUUGCCUUUUCCGACAAACUACAUUUGGCAUCAUCUUCUCAGUGGCUGUUUCUUCUGUCCUGGCUAAAACAACUAUAGUGGUUCUUGCUUUCAUGGCUACUAAACCAGGAGCUGGAAUAAGGAAAUGGGUGGGGAAAAGAUUUGCAUCUGCUAUUGUUUUGUGUGGCUCACUUAUUCAAACAAGUAUUUGCGUGAUAUGGCUGGGUACUGAUCCUCCAUUUCUAAAUUUAGAUAUGACAACUCUGCCUGAAGAAAUUGUAUUGGAAUGCAAUGAAGGAUCAGGAAACAUGUUUUACUACAUUCUGGGCUAUAUGGGUUUUCUGGCUCUCAUCAGCUUCAUGGUAGCCUUUUUUGCUCGGAAACUGCCAGACACAUUUAAUGAAGCCAAAUUUAUCACCUUCAGCAUGUUGGUCUUUUGCAGUGUCUGGUUGUCUUUUGUCCCAACUUAUCUAAGUACCAAAGGGAAAUAUAUGGUGGCUGUGGAGAUCUUCUCCAUCUUGGCUUCCAGCACUGGAUUACUGGGUUGCAUCUUUGCUCCAAAAUGUUAUAUCAUCAUUUUGAGGCCUGACCUUAACACCAAAGGACAAUUAAUAAGGAACAACAAGAAGGAAAAUAACUUUUGA